CUUCCGGUAUAUUACGCGUUUCAUAGAUAUUUGCACGACCAACAACUACAACGAAGUAUUUACGAUGCCUUCGACGUGCUGCUGUGUCCCGGGAUGCUGCAAUCGAGGUGGUUUGUCGUUUCCGAGAGAACCUUUGUUGCUGAAACGAUGGUUGAUUGCUAUUCGGAGGAGCGACGAAUCAAACCAAGGCAAGAUGUGGAAACCGUCACCUCACAGUGUUGUGUGUCAUUCCCACUUCAGACCGUCUGAUUUCAUUGCUGUAACUAGUUAUGGUGCUUGUUUUCCACAGAGAUGAGGCACAGAUGAUUCAAGAAUACAGGGUGUACACCUCUGAGGAAACAGAGAAAACCAGAUGCUGUACCAUCAAUCUUUCCCUGGACUGCAUCAGCCAACGCACUUGAGGCCGAUGGAGGCUUAAGGAAAUCCCGCAUUGAAAGACGUGAGAGUCAAAAGAGGACAUUUAAAGCAAUGGAUACAGAUUGUGAUAUUGAAUGUGAUAUCAGUAAGGUAGCUGGGGAGGAAAUAAUUGACAAUGUUGAGUUUGAUGACAUGAAUACCGACUUAAACAUUUGUUCUGCAGAUAGUGCAGAGGUUGAAUAUGAAAGUACAUCAGCUCAGACAGACAAAUUUCCAAUGCUUUCAAUACAAAGUAUUAUGUUUAAUGCUGCAGCAAUUUUGUUUUAUACAGGACUGUCAAACUAUACAGACUUCACCUUUGUACUUGCAAGUUUGGGUCCGUGUGCAUAUCACCUAAAUUAUUUGUACAGCAAAGUUGACAGUAUGACUAUCAGUGUGGAAAAUCAAUUGCUUUUAACACUUAUGAAACUGCGCCGACAUAAGACUAACUUUGAACUUGGUCUUCAUUUUGGAAUUUCAGAGAAAACUGUAUUAAAUGUAUGGAUCACCUGGGUAAAUUUUAUGUAUAGACAGUGGAGUGAGCUUGAUAACUGGCCAGAACGAGACUUAGUGCACUAUUUUUGUCCUUCUGAUUUCAAAUCCAAAUUUCCAUCCACACGAAUUAUCAUUGAUGGUAAUGAAUGCCCUAUCCAGAAACCAAAACGCCCCAUAGCUCAGCAGUCUACCUACUCAACGUAUAAAAAUCGAAAUACUAUCAAAAUACUUGUUGGAUCCACACCAGGUGGUCUUGUGUCGUAUGUGUCUCCUGCGUAUGGUGGCUCCACGAGUGAUCGUCAAAUAGUAGAGCGUAGUGGUUUGACAGUGAUGUGUGACCCAGGAGAUGGUAUUAUGGCCGAUAAAGGUUUCAACGUACAAGAUAUUUUUGCAUCAAAAGAUGUUACCAUUAAUAUGCCAACAUUCUUCUCAAAGAAAAACCGUAUGUCUGGCAAGACUGUUAUGCAUGAUAGGAAAAUAUCAAGCAAAAGAGUUCACAUUGAACGUAUUAUUGGUCUGGCAAAAACAUUCAAAAUACUUACUGAACCUCUUAACAGUUCAGAAACCAAAUUAGCCACAGAAAUAACCACGGUUUGCUUCAUGCUUUGUUCUUUCAAAAAGUGCAUUGUUCCCUCUACUUGCUAAUCAUAUUGGUUAGCAAAUCAUUAAAAAUAUCUUUCAUUCCAGUCGGACGUUAGUCAGACGUAGAGUAUGGAGAUUUGUUUCUAAUUUCUUUCAAAAAGGCCUGUUAUUUGCGUUUGCUACAUGAUUAAAGAUAAUUGUUGCUAAAUAUUCAUGAGGAUAAAGUUGAAUGUAACAUGUUAUCGAUUAUGUAUCAUGUUGAGACUAGAAUGGGAAUCUGUGGUCAAAAAGCAAGUUUGAAGCAAAUUUACCAUUUGUGCAGCCACAAUCAAUCAUACUCUUUUGUCAAGGUACAAACAUAAAUGUGUUAGUAUCAGAGAUUAUGAUAAUGUAAUGCUCAACUUCCUGUUCAAUGUGGUGUUAAACCCAACUCACUCACUGAAUUUGUUUUAAAUUUAUGACAUCAGUAACAUGAAUUUAAGAAUGUUGACAUUGUUUGGUGCGUACUGUUACAUUAUCCCCUGCCACAAAGUGGGAGAGACACAUUUCUUGUCUGAGCAUAAUUCGGAAACUGUUUCAUAUGUUAUUAUGAAACUUGGCACAUGUAUCAAACACAAGUUGAACUGGUGCCCUUUCCUGUUUUCCAUGGCAGCAAUUUGGAUUAAACCCAAAUACUGGUUGCUUUUAUUUCACGAACUUAAAAUCUGAAUAAGUUGAAGUGUAUAUUUCUGGAUCAUAUAUCCAUUAUAUUUUCAAUGGAUACAUGUUUACUGAGAAACAAAUUGUAAUUAAUUGUCCUAAGUUAGGAGGACCAUGUUUAAAUCUGUUACUUUGUGCAUUGUGGCUGUAAUGAGGACAAAAUUCUAAUGUGUCCCAUGGCUGUGUAUUCUUCAUAUGAUACUGGCAGCAGCUAGACCUGUCCAGAUAUUUGGCACAUCUUAGUGCUGUUGCUUCAGCUCUCUCAGAUGUUAUAAAAGGCAAUCAUGACAAGCAAGAAGUCAAUGACAAUGUUUUUUUAUCAUUCCCUCAAACAGUUCAGCUGCAGAUAAUAAUCACAUGACAGUUGUAAUUCCUCAGAUAUAGAGCUGAAGGAGUAUGCUUCAAGCAGUGAUGAUAUUUAUGAGUAUGGACACUGAAUUGUGAUUAUGUAUUGCACUGUAGCUUCAUCUAUAUUUAGAUCUUCCAACUAUUAACUACUGGAGUACUUAACAGAUGGUUGCCAUUGUCACAAAAGGAGUUAAAAGUUAAUGUCACAUCAAUACUAUUUCAGCCAUAUAGCGACGAGACCAAGUUGAUAUACACAAUUUACUCAUGAAUGCAAAGGUAUAUUUAACAAUAUCAUUUAUACAGUUUUAAAACACAGGUUAUAGGCCAUCAGAAACCAAAGCUAGGCCACCUCGCCGGGGAUCAUGGGGACUUACGGUGCCUCUGCUUCCUGCACGAUACCCCAGCAGGAUUUAUGUCAUUAACUAAGCCACUGGUGGUUGUGCUCAAUACUAGCCAGUCAGCAAUGAUGUCAGUUGAUUAUAGCAUCACAUCAAAUUUAAAAACAGGCAAUUAAUGAUUCACAUACAUAUUUAGAUUAUUUUUUUUUACAGACCAUUUUUUCUUUCAAGUAGUUGAUAAUGAGGUGCCUGGUCAUAUAGUACUGUAACAGUAAGUACGAACUGACAUCUGAGAUUGUAUUUAUUUAGACUAGUGAAUGCAUCCAUGUAUGGGACCAGUGUGUACGUUGUGAUUUUUAGAUUAUCCAACUUAUAACUACUGGAGUGAUUAAGAGAUGGUUGCCAUUGUCACAUAGUACUGUAACAGUAAGUACUAAAUGUCUUAAUAAACAUCUGAGAUUGUAUUUAUUUACACAAGUGAAUGCAUCAAUGUAUGGGACCAGAGUUCAACCUGGUUUUGUCUGAUGCAACUCUUUUCACGUCAACAUGCAUCUGGUGAAAUAUCAUCCUUAAAUGGAGCCCUGCAAGUUUUUUCAUAACUUUUUGUUUGUGAAUGUCCAUACAUGUAUAUGCAGAAUAUAAUAUGUUCAGCAUUAAACAUUGAGACUACAA